AUGAGCUACCACCAUACGAGCCAGCUCUGGAGCUCCCAGUUCGGCGUGCGCUUUGGAGCACUUGCAAAUGUACGCCAGGAAUCAACUGCUUCUACGUCUAUUCAUACUUCUGCCCUAGGCGGUGAUGAGAUCCGUACCGACGGCCCUGUAAUUCCGGCCGAAUUCGGCCUAUACACGACGGAUGUUACUCCAGAUCCAUUGCUAUCAGUUCCACGCUCAAGGAGUCCUCGGCGAGCGCCCAUUGCUCUCCCGCCACGCCCAACAGACGCUCAACGACCAUCUAUCGCUCUUCCAGAUCCAAAUGUCGCAACCCACUCAAAAGAUGCGAGCUCAAAGGAUGCGAGCUCAAAAGAGAGCGCCGCGGCUCCUGGCGCUGACAAGAAGAAGAUUGUCGUCGAGCCACCGUCGACUUUACUAGAGUUCAGCAUCUCCAAGAAAGAGUUUCUUGCUGCCCGCGCUGCCAUUCCUGGCACUCCCGAGGCUCACUGGUCAUAUACCAUGUACCAUCGAACGGGUGAGAAUGGAAAAGUCGAUAAUGUUAAGAUUGCAAGCCCUAGCCGGAUUGCCUUGAUCCAUGUCGCAGUGUUCACAGAGAAGGAGGACUUUCUAGGGCCGUCAUUUCGCAAGAUAAUGGAGAAUCCCAACGUGAGCAAAGUCGGCGUCAACAUCAUACCGGAUUGCACGCGCCUCAAAAACCAUCUCGGCGUCACUGUUCGGGGCGUCUUUGAGUUGAGCCAUCUCUACAGGGUCGUCAAGUAUCUGCCAGAGACGCCUAACCUGGUCCACAAAGGACUGGUAUCACUGGCUACCCAAGUUGAAGACCAGUUGCUGCUGCCUUUGUACAAGGGAGAUCUAGUCCGAACCGGGAAUUGGAUGAGACGGCUCAGCUCGCAACAAAUCAACUAUGCUGCGUCGGAUGCGUAUGCCGGCCUUCAGCUCUACUACGUGCUUGAGGAGAAACGAAAGGCCCUCGUCCCUUGCCCUCCUAGACCGCAUCAUGCGGAACUGCGGUUACCUAUUCCACUUCCUGAUCCCCCAGCUCCUCCAGCUGUUGAGAAAACAGAGGGUGAUGCUGCUGCCGCGGACCCGACAACAGCCACUUCUGCAGAUACAACGGCUUCCACAUAUAAACGCAGAACCUACAAGCCUAAAGAUCCUAAAUUAGAAGACUCUAAACCUCAAGAUCCUAAACUAGAAGAUCCCAAUCCUGAAGACUCCAAAUCUAAAAGGCAAUUACCAAAAACCUUUUCGCCAAAACUUCCAGCCUCGGAAGCUGCAGCAUCGGGUGAUUCGGCUCCAAAGCCCCCCAGGGCUAAAAGACAACGCCCGCCAAAAGCCCCCGACACAAGAGACCCACGGGUCAUUGCAGCCGAAGCAGAGAUGAAGGCGUACAACGAUGCGUACACUGCCGCCAACUCGACCUGGCCGGUCACCACCCCGGUCCGUAUCAGGGCGUACUACAUCUGGUAUCGGAACGAGGACCUUUGCCCUGCCGAUAUCGCGGCGCUCUUGCGAGACCCGCCGCUGCUGACCAGCACUGUUGCGGCGUAUAUCGUGGAUGCGAUACAGACGGAGAAGUUUCCUUAUCCUUUGGGCAGGUUGCACAAAGAGGUGGUGUGCCAUAUAGACCUCGAAAAGCCGUACAUGUAUAAGUACAAGUCGUUUUGCGAGGAGUGUUCAAAGGCAGUCAAGCUGAACGGAGAUGACGAGGAAACGAAGCAAACGGAAGUGAAAUCAGACGAGCAGAAAUAG